AGUCCGAAGCACCAGAACACUUUUCGAAGUGCCGUUUUUUUUCUGGCUGUUCGUGACGGACAGAUCCAUCAGCAGUGCGUUCUUUUUCCGAGGGAUUCGUUUGGUUCCCGAUUCCAACGAUAAAAUCUAGUCCUGUGACCAUUUAGUGGAUCCAGCCGUUAACCAAUAUGUCUUUCCUCGCGCGCAAUGUGGCGAGAAGCCUGGUGCAGGUUUCCUGCCGUGGGAUCCAUUCUACUGGAGCGGUUCAAUCCUCAAAUAAAUCCAACAAGGAGGGUCGGAUCACUUGCACUAUGAUUCCCGGCGAUGGCGUUGGCCCAGAACUGAUGUACUCGGUGCAAGAGGUGUUCAAGGCUGCGGAUGUUCCCGUAGAUUUCGAAACCUUCUUUCUAUCGGAGGUUAACCCUGUGCUGAGCUCACCCCUGGAAGAUGUGGUGCGGUCAAUCCGCAAGAAUAAAGUUUGCCUCAAGGGUAUUUUGGCCACUCCGGAUUACAGCCGUACCGGAGAGCUGGAAACAAUGAACAUGAAGCUGCGUAACGAACUGGAUUUGUAUGCAAACGUUGUUCAUGUGGUGAGCUUGGAAGGCGUUAACACUCGCCACAAGGGCAUCGAUACUGUCGUCAUUCGCGAGCAAACCGAAGGCGAAUUCUCUGCCCUGGAGCAUGAAACCGUCCCUGGGGUGAUUGAAUGUUUGAAAAUUAUUACCGCCCAGAAGUCGGCUCGCAUUGCCAAGUUUGCCUUCGACUAUGCCACCAAGCACAACCGCAAGAAGGUCACCUGCGUCCACAAGGCCAACAUCAUGAAGCUGGGCGAUGGUCUCUUCAUGAGGAAAUGUGAAGAGAUUGCCAAGCUGUACCCGCGUACGCAGUUUGAGAAAAUGAUUGUAGAUAAUACCACGAUGCAGCUGGUGAGCAACCCCAACCAGUUCGACGUCAUGGUUGCACCGAAUCUGUAUGGCAAUAUUAUCGACAAUAUUGCUUCCGGAUUGGUGGGUGGUGCCGGUGUCGUUGCUGGCGCUUCGUACUCCUCUGAGCAUGCUGUCUUUGAACCGGGCGCGCGUCACACCUUCGCUGAAGGUGUGGGCAAGAACAUUGCCAACCCCACUGCUAUUCUGCUGUGUUCAUCAAAGAUGCUGCGUCACGUAAAUCUGCUACCAUACAGCCAGAUGAUUUUCCAGGCCGUGCAGAACGUACUUAAGGCUGGUAAAGUCCGCACCAAGGAUCUCGGCGGGCAAUCAACUACCGACGAUUUCACCAAAGCCGUCAUCCACAACCUGCAAUAGGAAGUUGCAAACCUUGGCGACAUCUUGGCUGCGUUUUAAGUAAGACACCUAUUAACCACGCAUCUGUAUUAAACACUGCACCGUACUAAGUGCAAGCGAACCACUUUAAGUCGUAAACUAGCUCCCGCGAUCAUUACUUUUAGCAACAUUAUGUAUACCCCGUCUAUGGAUCGUUGAUUUGAAUAAAAAUCUUAUUUAUUAAAAUACCUACCUUCCUACCGAAAUAAAGUACUGAAACAGUCAUCAUUCGAAUAAAAAAAUCAUUUGAAACCAUUUAUUAUCCAACUACUCCCAUUGUUCUCGUUCAAGGAUGUUACAAUUAAAUUUGUUUAACAAAAUAUAGCUAAAUAUUCAAAAA